GUGUGUUGUCAUCCGCCGAGCGACGGCCGGAGGCGGCGGCGUAGGCCCCGGCGGGGCGUUCAGUUUCGGUUUGGCCCUGACUGAAAACUGUGUUGCCCGUCGAAAUGGGAGUCCCCAAGUUUUAUCGAUGGAUCUCGGAGCGGUAUCCCUGCCUCAGCGAAGUGGUGAAAGAGCAUCAGAUUCCUGAAUUUGCCAACUUGUACCUAGAUAUGAAUGGAAUUAUACAUCAGUGCUCCCAUCCUAAUGAUGACGACGUUCACUUCAGAAUUUCAGAUGAUAAAAUCUUUACUGACAUUUUUCAUUACUUGGAGGUGUUGUUUCGCAUUAUUAAACCUAGGAAAGUGUUCUUUAUGGCUGUUGAUGGUGUGGCUCCUCGAGCAAAAAUGAACCAGCAGCGUGGGAGGCGUUUUAGGUCAGCAAAGGAGGCAGAAGACAAAAUAAAAAAGGCAAUAGAAAAGGGAGAAAUUCUUCCUGCAGAGGCCAGAUUUGAUUCCAACUGUAUUACACCAGGGACUGAAUUCAUGGCCAGGUUACAUGAACAUCUGAAGUAUUUUGUAAAUAUGAAAAUUUCCACAGACAAGUCCUGGCAAGGAGUUACCAUCUACUUCUCAGGCCAUGAGACUCCUGGAGAAGGAGAGCAUAAAAUCAUGGAAUUUAUCAGAUCAGAGAAAGCAAAACCAGAUCAUGAUCCAAACACCAGACAUUGUCUUUAUGGUUUAGAUGCUGAUUUGAUUAUGCUUGGAUUAACAAGUCAUGAGGCACAUUUUUCACUCUUAAGAGAAGAAGUUCGAUUUGGUGGCAAAAAAACACAAAGAGUAUGUGCACCAGAAGAAACUACAUUCCACCUCCUACACUUGUCUUUAAUGAGAGAGUAUAUUGACUAUGAGUUUUCAGCAUUAAAAGAAAAGAUCACAUUUAAAUAUGAUAUUGAAAGAAUAAUAGAUGAUUGGAUUUUGAUGGGAUUUCUUGUUGGCAAUGAUUUUAUCCCUCAUCUACCUCAUUUACAUAUUAAUCAUGAUGCUUUGCCUCUUCUUUAUGGAACAUAUAUCACCAUCCUACCAGAACUUGGGGGUUAUAUCAAUGAAAGUGGGCAUCUCAAUUUACCUCGAUUUGAGAAGUACCUUGUGAAACUAUCAGAUUUUGAUCGAGAGCACUUCAGUGAAGUUUUUGUGGACCUAAAGUGGUUUGAAAGCAAAGUUGGUAAUAAGUACCUCAACGAAGCAGCAGGUGUUGCAGCAGAAGAAGCAAAGAACUACAAGGAAAAGAAAAAAUUAAAGGGCCAGGAAAAUUCUUUAUGUUGGGCUGCUUUAGACAAAAGUGAAGGUGAAGUGGUGACUUCUAAGGAUAAUUUAGAAGAUGAGGCUGAAGAUGAUGACCUAUUUGAAACUGAAUUUAGACAAUAUAAGAGAACAUACUACAUGACGAAGAUGGGGGUUGACAUAGUAUCUGAUGACUUUCUGGCUGAUCAAGCUGCAUGCUAUGUUCAGGCAAUACAGUGGAUUUUACAUUAUUACUAUCAUGGAGUUCAGUCCUGGAGCUGGUUUUAUCCCUAUCAUUAUGCACCUUUCCUAUCUGAUAUCCGCAACAUUAGUACCCUUGAAAUCCAUUUUGAACUCGGUAAACCUUUCAAGCCAUUCGAGCAGCUUCUUGCUGUACUUCCAGCAGCUAGUAAAAAUUUACUUCCUACAUGCUACCAGCACUUGAUGACCAGUGAAGACUCACCAAUUAUAGAAUAUUAUCCACCUGAUUUUAAAACUGACCUAAAUGGUAAACAACAAGAAUGGGAAGCUGUGGUUUUAAUACCUUUUAUUGAUGAGAAGCGAUUAUUGGAAGCUAUGGAGACAUGUAACUACUCUCUCAAAACGGAAGAGAGGAAAAGAAACCAACAUAGUGAGUGCCUAAUGUGCUGGUAUGAUAAAGACACAAAUUUCAUCUAUCCCUCUCCAUGGCCAGAAAAGUUCCCUGCCAUAGAACAUUGUUGUACAAGGUACAAAAUAAUAUCAUUGGAUGCUUGGCGUGUAGACAUAAACAAGAACAAAAUAACCAGGGUUGACCAGAAGGCAUUAUAUUUCUGUGGAUUUCCUACCCUGAAACACAUCAAACACAAAUUUUUUUUGAAGAAAAGUGGUGUUCAAGUAUUCCAGCAAAGCAGUCGGGGAGAAAACAUGAUGUUGGAAAUCUUAGUGAAUACAGAAUCAGAUGAACUUAGUAUAGAGAAUGUAGCUUCAUCAGUACUUGGAAAGUCCAUCUUUGUUAAUUGGCCUCACCUUGAAGAAGCUAGAGUUGUGGCUGUAUCAGAUGGAGAAACUAAGUUUUACUUGGAAGAACCUCCAGGAACACAGAAGCUUUAUUUGGGAAGAACUGCUCCACCCUCAAAAGUGAUUUAUCUUGCUGAUAAAGAACAGUCUAACUGGACAAAAGAAGUACAAGGAAUUUCAGAACACUACCUGAGAAGAAAAGGAAUAAUCAUAAAUGAAACUUCUGUAGUUAUAUAUGCUCAAUUACUCACAGGUCGUAAAUAUCAAAUAAAUCAAAAUGGUGAAGUUAGACUAGAAAAACAGUGGUCAAAGCAAGUUCUUCCUUUUGUUUAUCAAACUAUUGUCAAGGACAUUCGUGCUUUUGACUCCCGUUUCUCCAGUAUCAAAACAUUGGAUGAUUUGUUUCCUCCUACAAGUAUGGUCUUCAUGCUGGGAAGCCCCUAUUAUGGAUGCACAGGAGAAGUUCAGGAUUCAGGUGAUGUGAUUACAGAAGGUAGAAUUCGUGUGGUUUUUAGCAUCCCAUGUGAACCCAAUCUCGAUGCUUUAAUACAGAACCAGCACAAAUAUUCUAUAAAGUACAACCCAGGAUAUGUGUUGGCCAGUCGCCUUGGAGUGAGUGGAUACCUUGUUUCAAGGUUUACAGGAAGUAUUUUUAUUGGAAGAGGAUCUAGGAGAAACCCUCAUGGAGACCAUAAAGCAAAUGUGGGUUUAAAUCUCAAAUUCAACAAAAAAAAUGAGGAGGUGCCUGGAUAUACUAAGAAAGUCGGAAGUGAAUGGAUGUAUUCAUCUGCCGCAGAACAACUUCUUGCAGAAUAUUUAGAGAGAGCUCCAGAACUAUUUAGUUAUAUAGCCAAAAAUAGCCAAGAGGAUGUAUUCUAUGAAGAUGACAUUUGGCCUGGAGAAAAUGAGAAUGGUGCUGAGAAAGUUCAAGAAAUUAUUACUUGGCUAAAAGGACAUCCUGUCAGUACUUUGUCUCGUUCUUCUUGUGAUUUACAAAUUCUGGAUGCAGCUAUUGUUGAGAAAAUUGAGGAAGAAGUGGAAAAGUGCAAGCAAAGAAAGAGUAAUAAGAAGGUACGAGUGACAGUGAAGCCCCAUUUGCUGUACAGACCUUUAGAACAACAACAUGGAGUCAUUCCUGAUCGGGAUGCAGAAUUUCGUCUCUUUGACCGUGUUGUAAAUGUGAGAGAGAACUUUUCAGUUCCAGUUGGCCUUCGGGGCACCAUCAUAGGAAUUAAAGGGGCUAACAGAGAAGCUGAUGUACUAUUUGAAGUAUUAUUUGACGAAGAAUUUCCUGGAGGCUUAACAAUAAGGUGCUCACCUGGUAGAGGUUAUCGACUGCCAACAAGUGCCUUGGUGAACCUUUCUCAUGGGAGUCGCUCUGAAACUGGAAAUCAGAAGUUGACAGCCAUUGUGAAACCACAGCCAGCCGUGAAUCACUGUAGCUCAAGUUCAUCAGUUUCUUCUGGUCAUGUGAGAGGCCUCAACCAUUCUCCUCAGUCACUUUUUGUUCCUACUCAAGUACCUUCUAAGGAUGAUGAUGAAUUUUGCAACAUUUGGCAAUCCUUACAGGAAUCUGGAAAGAUUCAACACUUUCAGCCAACUAUACAAGAGAAGGGUACAGUUCUACCUCAAGAAAUAAGUCAAGUGAAUCAACAUCAUAAAUCUGGCUUUCAUGACAACAGUGUUAAAUAUCAGCAAAAAAAACAUGAUUCUCACAGAAAACUUAAAGAAGAAUGUAAGAAUCCUAAAACUGAAUGUCAGUCCCAAAAAAUGCCCAAUAAGCAGACUUUUGGAGGGCCUACCAAAUGUAAUAUUAAACUAUUGAAGAGAAAUGUAAGCCCAGAAAUCUCAGAAACCCUAAAGGUUGGGACUGGUUACCCAAAUGCUAUUGAUAAGCCUAACUCUGGAAUUCAGAACUUUUUAGCAUCCUUGAAUAUCUCCAAAGAAAAUGAAGUUCAGUCAUCUCAUCAUGGAGAGCCUCAAAAUGAAGAGCAUCUGUCACCACAGUCAUUUGCAAUGAAGGGAACGCGGAUGCUUAAAGAAAUUCUAAAAAUCGAUGGCUCGGACACCGUGGAUCAUAAGAAUGAAAUAAAACAGUUUGGUAAUGAAAUCACUGUUUCCUCUAAUAGAAGAGAUGAAUAUGUACCAUCCUCGCACCCUAAACAAAAUAAGAAAUUAGCAUCUUAUAUGAACAAGCCUCACAGUGUCAAUGAGUAUCAUACUGUUCAGCCUAUGGACAGUGUGUGCUGGCCUCUUCCCAGCCAGGUACCUCCUGUGUCUACACCAGUAACUGAACUUUCUCGAAUUUGUUCUCUUGUCGGAAUGCCACAACCAGAUUUCUCCUUCCUUAGAGCACCACAGACAAUGACAGUUUGCCAGGUAAAAUUAUCUAAUGGCCUGUUGGUGCAUGGGCCACAGUGUCACUCUGAAAAUGAAGCCAAGGAGAAAGCUGCACUCUUUGCUUUACAACACUUGGGGUCCUUAGGAGUGAAUUUUCCUUUGCCGCCACCAAUAUUUUCAAAUUAUCCUACUGCUGUGCCACCUGGAAGCAUUCCUCCAGUUUUUCCCCAACCUACUGCUAACAUAAUGCCUUCCUCAUCUCAUCUCUUUGGCUCGAUGCCAUGGGGACCACAAGUGCCAGUUCCUGGGAAGCCCUUCCAUCAUGCUUCAUACUCUGGGACCAUGCCCGUGGCUGGGGGAAUGCCAGGUGGUGUGCACAAUCAGUUCAUACCUCUGCAGGUUACUAAAAAAAGGGUUGCAAACAAAAAGAACCUUGAAAAUAAAGAAGCCCAGAGUUCUUCUCAAACCACCCCAUCUCAGACUAGCCAGCCAGGGCCUGCUAGUGUCACCAAAGCGAUUCCACAGGAGAGCUCGUCAGCUUCCUUACAGUCCUCGCAGGGCGUUCACCCUGCACCACCUUUCCAAGCUGAAGCUGCCUCUCACGGCCACAGUACGCCUCACCAUAAGUCAACCACAAGCUCUUCAAGAAGAAAAUCACGAAAACUGGCUGUCAAUUUUGGUGUUUCUAAACCGUCAGAAUGAAUUUGGUACUUGGGAUUAAAUAAGUUUUUCUUCUGUCCAUCCACCUUUUAUAAAUCCAUAUCCAUAUGUCAUGAAAAAUUAGAAUGUACUGUUUUAAAAUAAUAUGUUUAAAUUGAAGACUUUUUAUCUUUAAGUUAUCAGGCACUUUUCAUGCUGUUUAAAAGACUAUAUUUCAAAUUAUGCACUUUAAAUAUGUGCAGUUUGUUGUACGUCAGUUAUACCUCAGUAAAGCUGUGGGGAAAAGGCUAAAUUAAACCUUGUUUAACGUAAGUGGAUUAAGCAUGAAAUUUGCCACUCUAACUUCACUCCACCAUUAGAAGCAUCCUGAACUAUGAAUUAGACAUCGUAUUAGCAAUAACAACGUUUUUUACACUAUCAUUGAAGGAUAACUAAAUGGAGCAUGAAAAUCAGGCCUCAAGUAUAAUUUUCUGAACGUGGAUUUCAUUUCUUUUUUUAAUGAUGCAACAAAAUUUUCAGGAGGAAUGCGUCUUAUUUAUGUGUAUUUUAACUUCAGUUUUGUUGUCUCUGAGGGUCCUUUAGACCUGCUGUGAAAUGAUCACACUUGUUGUGGUGCUGCCAGUUUUGCUUUACUCUCAAUUUUGUACCAAAGCGACUUUAGAAUACUGAUGAGAAUAUUACAACUAACUGCUUAGAACUGUAAAUCGCAAUCAAGAUUUGAGUAAGUACAGUUUUUUAAAUUAUUCAAGAACCAGCAUUAGUCAUUUCUAAUGAAAUUAAGUCUCAAAAUCGAAGGGACUAUGCUAACAGAUUAAUCUACUAGGAUAAAGAAAAAAUGUUAAUCAUCUAGUUAUUUAAAGCACAUUGUGCUGUUUUGUAGAGCUUUUUACCUGCUUUCUUAAUCUAUGAGAGUGCCAUCACUGGUAUGUGUGCAGUGCUUCCUGGGCUUAGGAAAUUCUAAAUGCAGAACAGCCCCAAGGUGCGCCGUGACACGGGCGCGACCCUUAGUUUGUGGUGUACGUUAUUUACUGCCUGUCUCGUUCUCGUUCUCUGUUUUUAGCUCUGUGCUGAGCUGUUCCAUGAUGCUGGCGUUUUGUCAUGCUCUGUGUGGAUAUGUGUUGUUCAAGCUAUGACCGUUUUAAAAUUAGAACUCAAGAAAGUUUCUCAGCGAUAUCAGGGCCUGAGUUUUUAUAUACAUAUAUAUAUUUAUCCUUUAGUUUUUGUGAAUGCUUAUAUUUUUAAGGAAGUAAGUAUCAUACUUUUUUAAAAGUAGGAACCACAGUCUUUCUAUGGAGCUGCUUAUUAUCACAUCUGAUUGCAUUUAGCUCGUUGGAACUCUGCCUUGGGUUUUGUAGUAGUCUGUGCUGGCAGUGAACUAAGUGGAUUCCUUUCUCCAGUUGAUAGCUUCAGAGUUUCUCUAAAUAUUAGGAUAUUUGUAUGUUAGUAGUGCCUUUUAUAUAAAAGAAGUGUUCAUUAUCUGUCAUUUAUUUUAGUCAUAUGAGUUUCUGUGAUUUUAUUUUCUGUUAACUUCUUCGGGUCAGAUGUUCAUCAGUUCCCAACAUUUCCCUAUUUCUUUAGUAGUGGAAUCUUGAGUAACGAAGCUCAGGUAAUUCUCAGUGUUUAUUGCCUCACAAACUUGGUUUUAAAAGAGAAUGUCUAUUAUGGGAAUAGAAGGAAAAGCUUGAGGGUGACAAUAAUAUUACAUUAACCUCUUCUGACUUUAAAGUGUAUAAUAUUUUUCACCUCACUUAACUAUACGAAUUCCAGCGCUCAAGGAUUGCCUCACCACUGCUCCUAUAGGGCAGUUCUGUAAAUGUUUACAGCCCACAUCCACCGUAGGGCACAGAGGAGGAGCACAUGCCAUCUUCUGAAAGCCCUGGAGGAAUUUUAGUUGGCAUAGUACCGCUGAACCCGUAGGAUAUUUUCCCAGUCUUGAGCACAACGAGCUGAAUAAUUCGAUAUGACAAGAUAGUAAAAGUGGUUUUUUUCCUUUUUUUUUUUUUUUUUUUUUUGGUAAAUAUAUAAUU